AUGAAGAAGUCGUUCUGCUUCCGCGGCUCCGCUGCGAAGAGGGCAGGACGGACGCCGAUGGCGGACUGGUGCGUCUUCUGCGACAUCGCCCGCCGCGCCCCCGCUUCCACCGCCGCUCUCCUCUACUCCGAUGACAAGGUCGUCGCGUUCCAGGACAUCAAUCCGUCCGCGUUCAGGCACUAUCUUGUCAUACCCAUCGAGCAUAUACCAACUGUAAAAAAUCUCCAAAGAACCAACGAAGAUCACCAGUUAGUUAGUCACAUGGUGAAGGUGGGAAAAGAUUUACUCAGUCGAGAUGCUCCCAAAUCUGAGGAACAUAGAUUUGGUUUUCAUCAGCCACCAUUUAAUAGUAUUGAUCACCUCCAUCUUCACUGCCUGGCACUGCCAUUUAUACCCAGUUGGAGGCAAGUAAAAUAUACACCAUUGGGUCCCUUAGGGGGCUUUAUUGAUGCUGAGAAGGUAUUGGAAAAAAUAAAACCAGAAACAGAAGUGUACAGUUAA